CUUUCAAUAAUCAAUUUGUCUGCAGAUGUGAUGCCAGUGCAUGUACAAAAUGAGAUUAUGUGCACUAAAGAUGAUUACCGCUGUGGAUUUCCUUCAAAUGAAAAAUUGAAUGGAAUGAAAAUACUCUUUGAAAGGCCACCAGAAAAUAGUGUGGUAGAAAGUAAAAGAGGUGUGAUGGCAAUGCAUGUUCAAAAUGAGACUAAAUGCGUCAAAGAUGAUUACCGUUAUGGAUUUCCUUCAAAUGAAAAGUCAAAUGAAUUGAAAAAUGUUUUUGAAAGGCCACUAGAGAAGAGUGCUGUCGAAAGUAUAAGAGCGGAUCAAGCUAGUGUCUAUGAUAUUGUUUCUGAAACAGACGAUGAUCCGUGGUUGCAUUUCAAUCAAUGGAAAGCCAACCGCCAUGUUACAAGAGUGGAGAACGCUGAUUUUGAUAUUUCCACAACAGGAGUCGUACAAGAGUUAAAACCAUUUAGUCCAAGAAAAGAAAAAUGUCAGGCAACGGAAUCAAACUCACUCGAAUGUUCCAAAAAAGAAGAAAUUUCAGCAGUAAGUGGACCGACAAAGGAAAUGCGGUAUAUGAAUGCAAAUGAAAGUCAGAAUUCUGAAACAAGUGACCCAUGGGAAAAUUCAUCGGAAUCUUGGUAUCCAGAUCAAAAUGAAAUAUUAAAAACCCAAUCGGAAAGUUCAGAUAGCAUUUCGUCAAAGGCAUCCCAGGAAAUUGUUCAGGAAAACGGAGAGAAGAAGUAUUUGAAAGGUGUUAGCUAUAAAAAUACAAAUUGCCAAAAGAAAAUAAUUAUUCACGACAACAUUCUUAUUAAGGAAGGAUGUGGGAUGAAACAGUAUAAAAAUUCAAACGAAAAAAUAGUAGAAUGUAGUUUACGAAAGGGAAGAGUGUGGGAUAAAAAAGAUCGUUGCCUAUAUUGCAACACAGAUGUCACAAACUUUUCAAGGCAUCUUUUUAGAAAACAUGCCGAGGAAGAGAGUGUCCAGAAAAUCUUAUCACAGCCUAAAGGGAAGCAUAGUAGAAAAAAAAUGAUUGAGCUGUUGAGGAAACAGGGCAAUUUCUCGAUGUUGAAUAGCGCCAAUAUAGUUAGACCUGUUCAGCGACCCAGUUCCACUUCACGAAUCAUAACUUCAUUGACCGACUUUUUACCAUGCAAAUAUUGCAAAGGUCUUUACAAAAGUAAGUCGCUAAAACGACAUGCGAAGAUUUGUGAGUUCAAUACUGAGAAAAACAAACAAUUGAAGUACGCAAGUGAAGGGCAAACUAUGAUAGCAUUCAAUGAAUCUCGCCGACAGUAUCUGGAUAGGUUGAGAUUGAAAUCUGAAGUUUUUCACACCAUGCAAGCAGACAGAAUUUCACUCAACGGCAAGAGCGACACAUUAAUAUGCCAAUAUGCUGAAAACUACUUAAGAAAACACAAAAGACCGCAUAUAAAAAAUGCCGUAUCAAACAAAGUACGAGAAUUAGGAAGACUCUUGAUACCUCUUCAAGACAUUUAUGGUAUUGACAGCAUGUUAGAGGCCUUCAAACCUGAAAAUUAUGAUAAAGUAGUGGCGGCAACAAGGAUUAUAUCUGGAUAUGACGACGUAACGCGAACUUUUAAGGCACCAUCUUUAGCAAUGCAUAUGAGAACAUCCCUGUUAGCGGUGGGUUCAGCUGCCAAAUUAUUACUGUUGAAAAAGGACCCGAUCUUACCAGUAACAAAUUACGAAGAAUCUUUGAAAAAUGUGAAAAGAUUUGUGGAAAUAGUAGAGUCGAACUGGAAGUAUGCUAUGGGAUCGCUUGCACUUAAAGAUCUGAACGAAAAACAUUCUUCAAAACCACAAACGUUGCCAGUUACAGAAGACAUCAUUUUGUUUCAAAAUUACACUCAAACGAUCGCCGAAACAAGCCUGGCAAAUUUAAAGGUAAAUUGUGAAGAUAUUAAAUCGUACAAGAAUUUAACGGAAGCCUCUCUCGCCUUAACUAUUUUAUUAAACAGGAAAAGGGUAGGUGACGUGCAGUAUAUCAAACAAGAUGCGUAUAAUCUUAAUGUCAUCACUACAAAUAAAAAAGAGUGCUUGAACGUCCUCACUGAAAACGAAAUUGCCCUGUCAAAUCAUUUCAAAAGGAUUAUCACAGUCGGAAAAGGCAGUAAAGCAGUACCGGUUCUGUUUUCUAGAAAGUUGCAGGAAUAUGUAAACACUCUGCUUUCUAUUCGAAGAACGAGCAAUUUCGUACCUGAAGAAAAUCCUUUUUUAUUUGCAUUGACUGGAAGUCGAAAGAAAUGGGUGGACGGCUCAUCGAUAUUACGAAAAUAUGCCACAAAUUGUGGUGCUAAAAAUCCCAGUGUUCUAACAUCGUCACGAUUGAGAAAACAGAUUGCAACAGUUUUGCAGAUUUUGAAUCUGAAUGAAACAGAAAUGGAACAAGUAGCGUCUUUUAUGGGUCACACGAAGAAAACCCACGAAGAAUUUUACAGAUUACCUCAGGAUGUCUUUCAAACAGCUAAAAUCGCUAAACUGUUACUGAUGAUGGAAAAGGGAGUUGGUGCUGAAAAUAAGGGACGGACGUUGAACGAAAUCGAUAUGGAAUUGGAAAUGUGGAACAAUGUUGACAUGAAACCAGAGAUAACUCGCUCCAACUCCAUUGAAUAUUCUUCACAACAUAGUGAAACUGUUCAGGACCAAUGUGACGAAGAAGAGCAUCCAAAGGAUGUGCACUCAGCUAGCACGAUUGCUGAAAAGUUUAUCGAAGAACCAGUGAAGAAAGAGAUCGCUCUGAAGAGAACAUCCACUAAACAAUCCACACGAGGUACAUGGACAGCAAAACAAAAAUCAAUUAUGAUAUCUUAUUUCAGAACCCACUUGAAAAAUAAAAUAGCACCAAAGAAAGCUGAGUGUAUCAAACUCAUAAAUGAGAGACCUGAUUUGUUCAUUGAUAAGAAAUGGGUUCAAAUAAAAACUUUUAUUUAUAAUACAUAUCGUUUACCAUAACUUAAUUAUUAUAGGAGCUGCCUUAUUUCAUCAUUUUUUUGCAUAGAACGAUAUUUUGUUUCUUUAUUGUUAUUAAAUACUUACUGAAUA